AUGUUCAACAACGUAGCAUCCGAUACAGUGGCUUUCCUUUUGCAAAGAUUGCCUUUUGUUGCUCAUGUUGGAAUGCUGGUUUUGAGCGCAAUCGGUCCAUUCUUUGCUCCUCAUAUGUUGGCAUUCUGUGUCGUUUUCACACAUAUCGUCUUCUUUGUUUGUCAAUCAAGAACUGCUUAUGGUAUUUAUCGUGCUUGGGUUGGCGUUCGUGCUCAUUCUCAACGUGAUUGGGUUGAAUAUUUUGAACACGAAAGAGCAUCUCUAGAAGCAUGUGAUCGUGCUCAGCACAUUCUACCACUGGAAGACGUUCAACAUGUGAUCAUCUUACCCGCAUACAAGGAAGAAAUGGCAACUUUACGCGAAACGCUGGACGUUUUGGCUUCUCAUCCUUUGGCUAAAACAAUGUAUCACGUUUGUUUGGGAAUGGAAGAACGUGAAGAUGGAGCAGCAAUCAAAGCACAAAUGUUGAGCGAUGCUUAUCGUGCAAAAGGAAGAUUUGCCGAUAUCACAUAUUCCAUUCAUCCCGGUAACAUUGUAGGUGAAUCAGCCGGAAAAUCAUCAAAUGUCAACUGGGCCGCUCGUCAUAUGGCACAUCGUCGUGGUAUUUCCUCUUUACGCGGUAUUUACACAGUCAUGGAUGCAGAUACAGCAUUUGCUUCUGAUUUCUUUUUGGCAUCUGCCGUUCAUUUCAGUUUGGCAACUCCUGCCAUCCGUAGAAGGAUGAUGUUCGUUCCACCAACUUUGUUCGAUCGUAAUGGCCGUGAAGUUCCGGUUUUCACUCGUGUUACCGACAUUUUCUGGUCUUGUGCAGGUAUUGGAGGUAUUUAUCCUUCCAGCUCAGUCAAAAUCCCAACAAGUGCAUACGGAACAAGUAUGGAAUUGGCAAGAUUUUGUGAUUUCUGGGACGCAGGACCAGAAGCAAUUGGUGAAGAUUUGCAUUACUACUGUAAAGCAAUGUUUGAAACAAAAGGAAAUGUUCACGCUGUUACAAUCUAUUCUCCUGCUUCUCAAAUGAACGUUGUCGGCAAAGGCGGCUCUAAUUCAGUUACUAACUACGUAAACGAUAUGAACGCUCGUUGGACACAAGCCGUUCGUCAUAUGUGGGGAAGCUUGGAUUUCGGUUAUUGCUGGCAUAGAAUCAUUAUGGGUCGUUUUGGACGCUCUGCACCGCAUGCUGCAACUUCAAGUCGUACACCUUCUCCCAGCGUUACAGCAACAACGGACGCAACUGAUGAUACCGAUAUCACCCAUAUCAAUUUGCACACACCAAAUCGCAAGAUCACUCAAUUUGACAGCAUGCAAUAUGCUCAAUCAAAACAUUUGCCUACUCUUAACGUCAAAGGCAUUGAUGAUACCACAAGAGCACAUGCAACUCUUUUGAGCAGUACAGAUGGCGAAGAGAUCGAAUCACAAGUACAAGAUGCAUACGAUGAACAAAGUGAUGCUGAAAAGUUGCGAAUUUUCCCAUUGAUUGUGCUAAUGACACGUCUUUAUGAAGCUCAUUUGAUGAUCGCACAAGUUACAUUGUACGGAUUUUUCCUAGCCAUCUAUCCAAGCGUGAUUUACAGAAAUGCCGAUACGCCUCCUGGACUACAACCAAGCUGGAUGAUGCCAACGAUCUUAAUGUGCGCAACAAAAGCAGCACAUUUGUUCGGUGGAAUGGGUAUUGCUGCCACUGUUUUGAUGUGCAUCUUCCAUGAUUGUUAUCAUGCAGCCGCAACACGAAGAUGGGCAUCUUCUGAUCAAUUAUAUCUUCCUUCUCGUUAUUUGGGCACAAGACCUUAUCAAAAUUUUGCACGUGCUUGGCCUGCUGCUUUGUUGGACUUCUGUGCCGUUCCUGCUGCAAUCAUGUAUGGACUUGCACCUCUCCUUUGGGCACAAAUGAAUCAUGUCUUUACCAACAAACUGACAUAUACCGUAAGUGCAAAGAGUAAAUCCAUCGUAAUCGUUCCAACGAUUCAUGGUUCAAGAGCAAGUUUAGAUCGUAUCAGAGGUCAGUCUGUCGAAUUGUCAAGGUUAAUGACGGAUGAAAAGUCAGUUCGGAAUUAA